GUCAGUCGCGUCGAUUGCCAAUACCAACCUACCUAGCCAAAGCUCUCGAUAAUUCGGCUGAUUAGCAUGACCAUCAGUUCAACCAGCCCCAAGUCUGGCUGACUGGGUGGCAAAAGCCAUAAAUCGCGUCUUCAAAACCACACCGGUCGGGGUUGUGUCACGCGUCGUCGUCAUCAUCAUUGCAGAGCACAUUCGUGAACGGUGGUGUUUGCUGAAUUACACGCGUAUCGCGUUUGCCGUCGCGGCGGCGUUCGUUGCUCGUUGGUUGGUUGGUUGGUAGCUCUAUGUAUGGAAAUCGUUGUAUUUGUUGAUAAGCGCGCACGAAAGGCCGUCACUACUGGCACUGUCUAUAUGUAACUGCGGAACUUGCCAUUUGGAAGCUCAUUCAGUAUCGGGCCGGAAACUGUGUCAGACGGUCGUCGCCCGAGUUUAUCCCUCCUUCGAUUCGGAUUGCUCCCUGUUUAGUGUGUUUUUGUUGAGUGCAGUGAACUGUGAGGCUAAAGAACUUGAAAAUGUCCGCUGAAGAGUUGAAGCUGGCCGACGAGCUGUUUGACGAUGCCAAGUACCAGGACGCAGUCGAGCUUUUGGAUAAGCUUAGCGAAAAGGACAUAGUGGAAGUGCAGUGGCGUUUCGCUCGGGCAGUGUUCUUCGUGUCGAAGCAAACCAGCAACAACGACGAAAAGGCAAAACUCGUACGGGAAGCAUUUGCGUACGCUCAACGAGCACUCGAGUUGGACGACAAGAACUUCGGAGCCAACAAAUGGUAUGGAGCUAUCCUGUCGGAAAAGAGCAAUCUGGAUGGGGUGACCGAACGGAUCAAACAGCUGGAGAACGUGAAGAAGCACUUCGCCGUGGCCGUGGAGUGCAACCCGACCGAUCCCGGAAUCCUGCACAUGCUAGGGCAGUUCAACUACAAGCUCUCCGAAGUGAACUGGGUCACACGGAAGCUCAUCAAUUCGGUGGCUUCCAAUGCACCCACGGCAUCGUUCGAGGAGGCUCUCGAGUGCUUCGAGAAGGCCGAAGGACUCAAGCCGGGCUUCUACAGCCAGAAUCAGCUGUACCUGGGCAAGACCUACCUGGCACUGAAGCAGAAAGAGAAGGCCCGCGAGUGGCUGCAGAAAGCCUCAGAGGUCGAAGUUCGCAGCGAAGACGAUCGCGUGUGUCGUGAGGAAGCUAGCGAAGCGUUAAAAAAGCUAUAAUUUCUAUUUAUUGCCAUACGAUAAUUUAUAAGUGGGAACGGUGUGAUUUCCAUACAGCGUGUAGGUAAUGAUUCUUUGCACGCCAGUGUGCUUUAACGCGACGCCGACGACGAAUCACCGAUACGAGUCAUUGAAUUCUAGCUAAAGCGCGCGCGCACGUAGUCGAGAGUGAGAGUUUUUGUUUUCCAUCUUCAGAUACUAACUGUUGAUGACUGUAAUUUCUCGUUUUAAUUCUGAGUGGUGUGGACACAGUCAAACCGGAUCCGUGAGAACAAAUUAUUCACACCGCGCGUGCUGGUGGUGCUUUAUCUUUCCGUUAUUGUUGCGCUUGAUAGAUGCCAUAGUGAUAAAUACAUGAGUGAUAUUCAACCCUGGAAGGGCAAA